AUGGAUAAACUCUCUCUCUCUCUCUCUCUCAUAAUCAGAACAACGUGUAGUAGUAGUAGUAGUAGCAGUAGCAGCUUCUUUUCAUAUCUAUCUAUCUCUUUUAGUUUGUUUCUAUCUAUCUAUCUAUCUAUCUAUCUAUCUAUCUAUCUAUCUAUCUAUCUAUCUCAGUCUUUUCAUAUCUAUCUAUCUAUCUAUCUAUCUAUCUAUCUAUCUAUCUAUCUAUCUAUCUCUUUUAGUUUGUUUCUUUCUAUCUAUCUAUCUAUCUAUCUAUUUAUCUAUCUCAGUCUUUUGAUAUCUAUCUCUUUUAGUUUUUUUUUCUCUGUAUCUAUCUAUCUAUCUCAGUCUUUUCAUAUCUAUCUAUCUAUCUAUCUAUCUAUCUCUUUUAGUUUGUUUCUAUGUAUCUAUCUAUCUAUCUAUCUCAGUCUUUUCAUAUCUAUCUAUCUAUCUAUCUAUCUAUCUAUCUAUCUCUUUUAUCUUUUCAUAUCUAUCUAUCUAUCUAUCUAUCUAUCUAUCUAUCUAUCUCUUUUAGUUUGUUUCUAUGUAUCUAUCUAUCUAUCUCAGUCUUUUCAUAUCUAUCUAUCUAUCUAUCUAUCUAUCUCUUUUAGUUUGUUUCUAUGUAUCUAUCUAUCUAUCUCAGUCUUUUCAUAUCUAUCUAUCUAUCUAUCUAUCUAUCUAUCUAUCUAUCUAUCUAUCUAUCUAUCUAUCUAUCUAUUCAAAGUGAUUAUUAGCGGAAAAUUCAAUAAUGUCUGUCGGGAAAUAAUCUGUCUAUGUAUGUAUGUAUGUAUGUAUGUAUGUAUGUAUGUAUCUAUCUAUCUAUCUAUCUAUCUAUCUAUCUAUCUAUAUUGGGUGUAUCUGGAUAGCAAAUGA